AUGGGGGAUUCAUGCUGCGGCCGCGAUGCACUUUCUCCGGUACUCCUCAAUCAGACCAAAAUUUCCAGGAGUGCUCGAAGGCGCCGGAAACAUGGAAAAAUUAACAUGCUUCGGGAAGAAGAAAAGACAAAGCUGUCCGUUCCAGGAACUGGGGAGCGCAUGGGUGUGCAUCGAUGCCGCUUUGUUCAGUGGAUGCCCUCGGCGAUAAACAGUGCUGCUUGGCACAAUUCGAGCAAAAAAUUCGCCAUUGGACGUGCAAAUGGCUCUCUGCAAAUAUACGAGCGUGUCGUAAGCUGGCGUCUUUGUGCUUCGAUGAGAGACCCACGGGGCUUUGCAAUCGAUUCCAUUUUAUGGACUUCUUCUGGUCGCAUUUUCACGGCAGGCCCAUUUUCGUCCAUGAUUACAGAGUGGGACAUUGCCAUGCGUCUUCCAAAGUCUUCGAUCAUUGAUGUGCCUGGAGGCGGUAUUUGGGCACUCACUUUGGUGGAUAAUGGCUCGAUGUUGGCGGUGGCGUCUGAAGAUUGUCACAUUCGGCUUUUCAGGCUUGUAUCAAACGGCAAAGAAGAAGAGGUUCCGCUUUUCAUACCCACUUCAAGGAGUUUUGCUUUCCCAGGCCAUCUUUUUACCGAUAGCAAGCAGGAUACUCGGAUUCUGUCAAUGAUUUGGAAUUCAUGCACAAACCAAUUGGUAACUGGAUCGUCGCUUGGAGAUAUCGUUAUUUGGGAUAUCGUUGCUGGAUCUUUACUGCGAUCUGUGCAAAUCCUGAAUCUGGGCAAUCGAUAUACUGGAAUGAUCUGGUCAUUGUCUGUGCUCUCCAAAGGCCAUGUUGUUGUUGCUGGAGAUUCAAGGGGCCAAAUUUCGUUUUGGAACGUGUCUACGGGGAGUCUUCUUUCUACACAUCGUGUUCACGAAGGCGAGGUGUUAUCUCUGGCAUCUGUCCCCGGUUCGGAGCUGGUUAUUGCUGCUGGUGUUGACCCUACUCUGCAUUGCUUUAAAAAGUUGGCAUCAAGCGGGGAUGAAGGUGGGGUCGAUGUGUGGACAUGGACCACGGGUGUCGGAAUGGCCCCCAUUACCAUACACCGUCUUGAUGUUCGCGUGAUGACGGUCUCACCAAACGGGUCAUACCUAAUAAGUGCGGGCCUUGAUCCAGAUUUUCUCCUGCAUGACCUCAAAUUGGAAGCCCUUGGAAGAUAUGAAAUUUUCCCAUAUUUCGACCAAAUCCCAGGCUCGUUUAUCUCGACGAACGGUUCUGGAAAGUUUCUUGUUACCAGUGUGGGGGGUACUUCUAAUAUUUCCGGUCAGAUUUGGAGUAUUUUGCCGCAAAAUGGCGGCGAGCCCAGUUUAGAGUUUCAGUUCACUCUCAAUGACCAUAUUUUUACACAGGCUUUCGAUGAGCACUGGAUGGCACUUGGUAUACAGCAUCAUCCCUCUAUUAGGCUGUGGAGGCGAAGUGAUGAUGGGACCUGGAAAGAUGGCGGCUCUAUCGCCCUUUCUAAGCCUCCCCAUCUUUUGGCCUUGGCCAGCGGUGGAGAUGAUGGAGAUUUUCCGGCACCUCUGUUGUGGAUUGUACAGCCCAAGAAAGUAUCCCUUGUCCAGCUGGGUGACAGUGUCACCCAGCUGGAGGAUUGGAAUAUCAGUUCCAAGACGGUCUUUUCGCCCGAUUUUAUUAGAGCUACUUCUACAUUCGCCAUUCUUGGCUCGUCUUCAUCUCUUUUGAUAGUAGAGAGAGCUUCUUCUCAGCAAAGAUGGCUCUCUCCUCCUUCCCUUAUGAUAGGAUCAUUUUUUGUCGAUGCUGUCGUCUACAAGGAUAUUCUUGUGGGGAUCUCUAAUCUUUCCCAGAGCCUGUCUUUUUCAGGCUCACCGGUUCUCGCUUAUGCACUUGUUUCUAUUUGGGAUCUCAAGAGCAAUCACUUGUUGCGGUAUAGUCUUGUCCCGCUUGCCCCGGCUCUUUCAUCGAGAAGCUCGUCUCUGCUGAAGGGUGCCUUUAUGCUUGAGGGCGAUUUAAUUUUGCAUUCUGAUCGCAUCUAUCGCUUGAAUAUGGAGUAUCUCCGCACCAAUGAAAAUAUCUGCCUUCUAGGUAUGUCGAAUUUGACUUGUGGUCCCAAGGUGGCCACAACUGCUGCAGACGUUGGUGCACAAGUUUCUCUGGCUUUGCCUUUGAUUCUUUCUACGCCUCGAGGUACUGAAAAUGACCCGAUCUCGUCCAUCAUUGCCGUGUUUCCAAAUGCGUCCGACAUUGUUGUUAUCGAACGAUCACUUGAGGACAUCUAUGCUCAACUUCCACCAGCUUUCCGCAAGGCCCUUCCCUUUCAGCGUUCCUAG